AUGAUAGAAGAUCUUGCCGCGUUCCAAUCGGCUUUAUUGCCAUGGCUCGUCGUCGGUGCGAUCAUCGCUUUCAUUCUUGCGUUUGCCAUUGGUGCAAACGACACAGCCAAUUCUUUCGGUACUAGUGUGGGCAGCAAGGUCGUCACUCUUACUCAAGCCUACAUUCUUGCCAGUAUUUUUGAGACACUUGGAGCAUGUUUGCUGGGACACAAAGUGACGGAUACGAUGCGUAAAGGAGUGAUUGAUCUGGCCGUUUACAAUAACAGUGAGGUUGAACUCAUGUAUGGACAAAUUUCCAUCCUGUCUGGUUGCGGUGCAUGGAUGUUGCUUGCCACCUUUUUCAAGCUUCCUGUGUCCACAACGCAUUCCAUCGUUGGUGCUACCAUAGGAUUCUCCAUGGUGCUUAAAGGCAGUAUGGGUAUCCGUUGGCAUAAGAUCUCGCGCAUCUUUGCGUCAUGGAUUGUCUCACCUCUGCUAUCAGGUUUUGUCUCAGUUAUAUUUUUCGUGAUAAUCGAUCAUUUUGUUCUUAGAAGGAGUCGUCCCCUUGAUAGUGGCCUUAAAAUUUUGCCGGUGAUCUAUUUUGCUUGUAUGACUUUCAACGUUUUUGCUAUUAUAUACGAAGGAUCUGAAUUUUUGUACUUUGAUCGUUUAAAUCUGAAGUACUGCAUCGUCAUCUCAUGUCUUGUCGGUGUAAUUUCUGCAGUUGCUGCAAAGUUCGUCUUAGCGCCGUGGUUGAAACGGAGGAUACUGGCUCGUACAGAUCUGGAGUCACACAACACCAAUGAAUUGAAUGCAGUCGGUGGUCAGAAAGCGGCUCUUCUUGAAUUUGAAAGCGAUGGACCCGUCAAGGAGAAGGACCCGAAGAGCAAUGGUACAUCAGGACAUGCUUUAAAUGCAAUAGCUCCGUCAUCAUCGGUGGCUUCCUUCUUUCGUUCAUCGAAACCCGAAGAUCCACAGGCAGCUCUCCUUUUCUCGCUCCUCCAAGUGAUGACAGCUUGCUUUGGAGGGUUUGCUCAUGGUGGGAAUGACGUUAGUAACGCCAUUGCUCCUCUCGUCAGCCUAUACGUCAUCUAUCAAGAAGGCUCUUCUGCGCAAACGCUGCAUACACCUGGAUAUCUUCUGUUUUACGGAUCAGUCGGCAUGUGCCUCGGUCUGUGGAUGUUGGGCCACCGUGUUAUAUACACUGUUGGAGAAAAUCUAACGAAGAUUACUCCUCCAGGUGGCUUUGCCAUCGAGUUCGGUGCAGCAGUGACGGUCCUCGUGGCCUCCAAACUGGGCCUUCCCAUCUCCUCAACUCAGUGCAAGGUUGGUUCUGUUGUGGCAGUUGGUCUGAUGCAAGCGAGUCAUUCUGUUCGUUGGCACACAUUCCGUAAUAUCUCACUCAGUUGGAUUGUCACCUUGCCUGUCGCUGGAUUGCUUUCCGCGGGUGUUAUGAGCUUGUUCCGCGCAGUCGUGUUGUAG